AGCAACGCAACCCACGCGACUACCGCGGCCUCGCGCCGCGGAGAAGAAGCUUUACAUGUGGUACACAGGAAAAUGAGGCUGAGAACGCGGAAAGCUUCUCAGCAGUCAAAUCAAAUUCACACGCAACGUGCUUUGAGGGCAAAGAGGAAACAUUCAGAGGUGGAAGAGAGCUUACCUGUUGGCGGAGGAAAACCACAGAAAAAUGAAACUGGCUUAUUAUCUUCAAUCAAAAAGUUUAUUAAAGGAAGUACACCCAAGGAAGAAAGAGAAAAUCCUGCAAAAAGAAGUAGAAUUGAACGGGAUAUAGAUAACAACUUGAUUACAUCCACACCUCAAACAGGAGAAAAGCCUAAUAAACAGAUCUCUCGAGUAAGACGGAAAAGUCAAGUAAAUGGAGAAGCUGGAAGUUAUGAAAUGACAAACCAACAUGUAAAGCAAAAUGGGAAAUUAGAAGAUAAUCCUGCUACUGGAAGUCCCCCACGAACUACGUUACUGGGCACCAUAUUUUCUCCCGUCUUCAAUUUUUUCUCACCAGCAAAUAAAAAUGGAACAUCAGGAUCAGAUUCUCCAGGACAAGCUGUUGAAGCUGAAGAAAUAGUCAAACAGCUUGAUAUGGAACAGGUAGAUGAGAUUACUACAAGUACUGCAACAUCAACCAAUGGAGCAGCUUAUACUAGCCAGGCAGUGCAGGUCAGAUCUACUGUCAACAAUGGUUUAGAAGAAGUGGAGGAAACAAAUGAUCGUGAUCUGCCACCACUUACAGCACCAGUAUCUCCAGACAGUGGCUACUCAUCAGCUCAUGCAGAAGCCACCUAUGAAGAAGACUGGGAAGUCUUUGAUCCAUAUUAUUUCAUCAAACAUGUUCCACCACUAACAGAAGAACAACUUAACAGGAAGCCAGCCCUUCCACUGAAAACGAGAAGCACACCAGAAUUCUCAUUAGUUCUAGAUUUGGAUGAAACGUUAGUGCACUGUAGUCUAAAUGAAUUAGAAGAUGCUGCACUCACUUUUCCAGUCCUUUUUCAAGAUGUAAUUUACCAGGUUUAUGUCCGAUUAAGGCCAUUCUUCAGAGAAUUCCUGGAACGUAUGUCUCAGAUUUAUGAGAUCAUUCUUUUUACUGCUUCUAAGAAGGUGUAUGCAGACAAGUUACUGAACAUACUAGACCCUAAAAAGCAACUGGUCAGGCAUCGACUUUUCCGUGAGCAUUGUGUUUGUGUACAAGGAAACUACAUAAAGGAUUUAAAUAUUCUUGGACGAGAUCUUUCAAAAACGAUCAUAAUUGACAAUUCACCACAAGCCUUUGCCUAUCAGCUUUCAAAUGGAAUUCCUAUAGAAAGCUGGUUCAUGGAUAAAAAUGACAAUGAACUCCUAAAAUUGAUUCCAUUUCUGGAGAAACUUGUAGAGCUGAAUGAAGAUGUCCGACCACACAUCAGAGACAGAUUUCGCUUGCAUGACUUGCUACCCCCAGAUUAAAGCCUUUUGUCCAAUUACUGAAGGGGGAGAAAAUGCAGGACCCUUUUGGACUAAAACAAAAACAUUGCCAUUACUGUUGAAAUUUUGCAUUUUUGUACCCCGUCUUGCUUUUCUUAUCUUUGGUGCCCAACAAUAAUCAAGGGUUACAGAAAGAGACUUUAUAUAUCUGAGAUUGAAUACAUACAGUACAAUACAGUACAACACAGUAGGUAGGCUAGAACAGAAAAGUCUUUAGAACUAGUGCAACUCCAAUGAAUUUUUUUUAUGUACAGGACAUCUGCAGUUUAUAAAGAAUUCUGUUUCUGCCACCAGCAGUUUGACCUGUAGAAACACAGGAUUUUAUGAUAUAACAGAGAUUGAAAAUGGACUCUUAUUUUCUCUCUGUUCGGUGCUCUAAGUGGGUUUGUAGCCACUUUUCUGUUACUUUAAGAUUCUCAUUUCAACAGGAAUGGCCAGUAAAAGUUGUUUUAUUUUUUCCUGUUAAGGUUUAUAACCUUUUUACAUUUUUGACCUGUAUUAGAUUAGAAUUUCAUUAUGCAUUCCUUUUAGUUGAGGCGCUUCAUAGUUUUUCUGGAAAUAGCCAAAUUUUAUUAGUUUUUUAUUAUACAGUUGAAUGGCCGUUUUCCUGCUUUGUCUGCCUGCAUACUGUAUAUUUGUUUAAAAAUAUUCUCUAGUUUUAGUCCAUGUAAGUUUCAUUUAGAAAAAAAAAUGCAUUUAUAUUUUGUUUCUGUAAUAUUCUACUGUAGUUGAAAUCUUUUCAAAAAUCAAGAGACUGGCUAGAUAAGAAGAAUAUAAGAAUUACUAAUAUUCAGAAUAUUUAAACCAUUGUGAUGGCAUGUACUCUGGACAGUCAAUAUCUUGCAGUGGCACAAACAACUGAUGGACAAGGAAUACCUCAGACUACACUGUGCAUGCAAGUCUUGAAAGGAGAAUUAGUUUGGUCAUCUGUUAGGUUUGAUGCAAUUCAGUUACUGCUGCCUUCUGUUUCCUCCAAGAAUGAAGUAUUCUGCACAGUGGCUCAGUAUUUUAAGAUGUUUUGCAUGGGCUGAUGGUACCUCUGUUACGCUGUGCAUUACAAUCAGUUUUAAACUCUGUGUAACAGCAAAGGUUCCAAACAGUAACUAUGCAUAAUCCUGUGGUACAGUACACUCCCAUGCCACCAAUGCAGUCAAUAUGCUAUCAUAGUGGUUUUCUAUGCUAUAUGGAAAUAGUCUUUAAGCCUUGGAUCUCUAAUGCAGCUACUACAAGAGGUUGAUAUUUUUAUAAUGGUGUGUAAUCUCCUUUUCAGGAGGCUUUUUAUGGAAGGUAUAAUUUGUAAAAGUUAGGAUGCUUUGCCUCUCGACUGCAUUAACAUGCCAUAGGCUCAGACUGUUUUUGUGUAAAAGAUGUCACAGAACGGCACUUUUUCUAAAGAGAAGUUUGAUAUUUUGUAUGCUUGUUAAGAAAGUACAGUAUUGGAAAUUAAAGGUGGACAACUGAUAAUUGAGAAGUAUGUCAAUUAAUUUUUUAUGUAUAUUACCUGUUUACUUGUACAAUUUUAUUGUACAAAUUACAUGCAGCUUCAUUUUCAAAUGAGUCCUUAAAAUAAGGAAAAUCUUUUUAGGAAAACAUUUAAUUUUUGUAUUUUUGAUUUUAAAAGGCAUGAGUUAUGUCAACUUUUUCCAGUGUAUUAAUGAAGAUUUUAACUUUUCAUCAGGUUGAGUGUUUUCUUACUAUAUUAUCUGUUGUGUAUGUAGCUAGCACAUUGUGUCACUGAACUGUUUAAAAAAAAUAGCAUGUAGAGCAAGCCUGUUUUGUGGAAAAUCCUUAUUCAUUAAAAAAAAAUCAUCAUGGCAGAUUUUCUGCAAAAAGUGAAAACAUUUGCAAUUCAGAAUACUGAUUUUUUUUUGUAUUUAAAGAAAGGUAUUUUGCUUGCAGGAAAGAAAUACUACAGAUUCAUUUUAAUGAGAAUCUUUUAAAUGUAUUUAUCUUUAGGGCAUCUGGGCAUCUUUACGCUGUUUGUCUUAUGUCUUUAUUGAAAUAAAAUGUACAUAACAUUACCUUUAUAUAUGCUUUUGCGCAGACGUGUGAACCCUGUAACCAUCCCCUUUUCUUCCUGUUUUUAUGUUGAUAAGAUGGUUCUGGAAAUAUUUAUAGAUUUUGAAAAUGGUCAGCUUGUAUUUGAAUUGCUACAUGGUUUGCCAACUAUUUUUUAGUUGUUUUUUUAAUUGUAAACCUGAUCUAAGAUUUUUUUAAUUAGUUUAAUAGUGAAUCCUUGUUCAGUGUGGAAUUCUUCCAAAUUUCUCAGAGUAAUUUACAUAAUAGGACUGCUUUAAAAUUCACUAAUCUACCAGAAUGAAACCAUUUUUGUUAAGUAGUUCAUGGCUUUUCUCUAACUGUAAAAAGAGAUUAUCAUCUGUUCAAGUAAUGUCCUUAAACACAUGCGUCCUAUCUUUGGCUAAAACCAUUAUAAAAGUGCUUUCUUUAGUUAAGGAAACCAAAGCAUACAUUGCACUUUACAGCUGUAUCUGUGUUGUGAUUAUCAGAUCAGUGAGGGAAAUCAAAAUGUAAAUUAGGGGAUUUAAUUCUACAUAGAUGCACAACAAAAAUAACAGAGACUGCUUAGUAAACAUAUUAAAUAUUAAUAUUUUAAUGUGCUGCAAGUCUGAUAUUUAUCAUUCUGAACUUUCUUUGCAGAAUGAGUCUACCUUCUUCAAAAUGUAAGUUCCUAAAAAUAUCAGAUACUCCUGACAUAAAUAGUCUUUGCAUGAAACAAAGUUAUAUUUAAUCAGGUUUUAUUUUCAACUUCAUAGUUUCAAGGGUGAGACUUAACUGUUUCUAUGACAUUAGUUUGGAUCAAAUUGUUCACUGCGUCUACAUCAAAACUGACGAUAACUAUGGGGGUCUCUGCUAUACAUAUUGCUCAAGUCUUGAAUGUAGAAUUGUGUUACUUAAGCAGAUAAUCUUGUAGCUGUAUCAUUUAUUCUAAUUUUAUGUAUUUUUAGAAAAUACUCACAACAUUCUAUUUCCAAA